AGUAAAACGAUGGCAUUUAGAAAAUAAAAACUAGUAUGUUCACUAUUUAAGACCUAUGCACAGAGCAAAGUCUUCAGAAACCCAAGAGACCAGCGCUCAAGGUCACCCAUCUCAACAAGCCUAGCAAUAUUUGCAAUAUCCCAAUGGCCUUGUCCUUUUCUUUACUGAUGGCCAUGGUGGUGCUCAGCUGCAAAUCCAUCUGCUCUCUUGGCUGUGAUCUGCCUCAGACCCACAGCCUGGGUAACAGGAGGGCCUUGAUACUCCUGGCACAAAUGGGAAGAAUCUCUCCUUUCUCCUGCCUGAAGGACAGAAAUGACUUUGAAUUCCCCCAGGAGGAGUUUGAUGGCAACCAGUUCCAGAAGGCUCGAGCCAUCUCUGUCCUCCAUGAGUUGAUCCAGCAGACCUUCAAUCUCUUCAGCACAAAAGCCUCAUCUGCUGCUUGGGAACAGAGCCUUCGAGAGAAAUUUUCCAGUGAACUUUACCAGCAGUUGAAUGAUCUGGAAGCCUGUGUAAUACAGGAGGUUGGGGUGGAAGAGACUCCCCUGAUGAAUGCAGACUCCAUCCUGGCUGUGAGGAAAUACUUCCAAAGAAUCACUCUUUAUCUGACAAAGAAGAAAUACAGCCCUUGUGCCUGGGAGGUUGUCAGAGCAGAAAUCAUGAGAUCCUUCUCUUUAUCAACAAACUUGCGAGAAAGAUUAAGGAGGAGGGAAUGAAACCUGGUUCAACAUGGAAAUGAUCCUUAUUGACUAAUACACCAUCUCACACUUCCAUGAGUUCUGCCAUUUCAAAUACUCAUUUCUGCUAUAACAACAAAAUGAGUCGAUCAAAAUUUUCAAAUGUUUUCAGGAGUGUAAAGAAACAUCGUGUUUACCUGUGCAGGCACUAGUCCUCUACAGAGGACCAUGCUGAUGGAUCUAUUUAUCUAAGAAAAUAUUUAUUUAAUUAUUUAUAAGAUUUAAAUUAUUUUUGUCCAUAUAUUAUGUGUGCUUUUACUUGUAUUUGUUAUAUCAAAAUAUGUUCUUUAUAUUUAGUCAAUAUAUUAUUUUGCUUUUUUAUUAAUUUUUACUAUUAAAAGUUCUUGUAUUAUUUGUUUAUUCUUUAAUAAA